AUGUCUUCGCGGCCUGAAUUCGACCAUGAAUUCUUCGACGCGCAUCGCUAUUCGUCAGAGUCGGAGGAACGGCCGUUCGAACACUGGUACCGAGGGGACAUGUCUCGCAAUGGUGGAGUGGGCGAGCUACGCGUGGGCAAGCGGGACGAGAUGCUUGACAUUGCAAGUUACGGGCACACAAUCAGGAAACCCUCGCACGGCACGUCGCAUAGCAAGACGUCACGGUCGCGAUCCAACUCUCGGGGUAGGGAUUUCUCCGCCUCUCGAUAUGGGACUCGGCCGCGCGCGGAGAGCAUUGGUGCGACUGUGCGAGAAAGCAUAUACAUUGACGACGAUGAGCAUGCCAACGACUCGACCAUGGUGUUGGACGAGCAGCCGCCUACUGACGUAGAGGCAGACUUCGACAACUACGAGGAGGCAGACGCUUACCCAUAUGAGCAAGAUGUUUUGCCUCAUCCCAACGGCACCAUUUCUACCCCCUCUCUCUCUUUGAAUACUUCGCAGACGAGUGCCACUGCUGCGCGUAGCCAUCGCACGACACCCUCCAAUAUCUCCCGUAUACCAACCCCCACCUCAUACCGACAGAUAUCACCCCCACCACGCACUCCUACUCCCUCAAAGGCUGUACGUGGUGCCACCGAGAACGGCGCGACCUCUUCCGCUUCUUCUACCCCUCGCGCACAACGCAUGCCCCGCUCACAGUCUCAGCCGCAGACGCAGACACAGGCGCAGCGGUCACCGCCAUCAGCCAAGCGGAAGGCGAAGAGCCCUGCGGCGAGCUCUUCGGGGUCCGCAGCAGCAAAGAAGUCCAAGCCCCCGUCGUCGAUGCGGCGGAUGACCCCACGGAAAGAAGAAAACCGGCGGUCGAUUGGGCAAUACCCUGCAACUGAUGGCGACGACGUUGUGGAUGCGAUCCCUGUUUGGACGCAGCCCGUGCCGCCAUCAGGCAAUUGGGAUGACGUCGUGCUCCCAGUUGUCGCACGCAAGAAAGGGUUGGAUGGCCACUACGCAACUGUCGAUGGGAGCCCGCGGCCGAAGCAGACCAGAGAAACCGAGUAUGAACCGGUAAGCUCCUGGAACUUUCGGAUUUGA